GGCACAACCCGGCCCCACAGUGCCCAGCAGGGCAGGAUCGGCCCCGUGGUGCUGCCCUGUGGUGCCACAGCCCUGGGCACGUGCCUGGACCGGGUCUCACCUUGGCCACCUCCAGCCGGUGCCACCACCGUGAAGGUCACACCUCCAGCAGCCACCCUGAUGUCUGUGGCAGCUGACAGGGGGUGCCCACGUGGGCUGGGCAUGGGGACAACCUCACAGUGACAGCAGCAGCGAGAAGCCACCAUCCCCGACGCAAGCCGCCUGCGAGUGACCCUGCGAGUGACCCUGCACAUGACCCCGCUGUGCUGGGCACUGGCCCACCUGGCCAGCGCGGUGAGAGCCCGGCGAGCAGGUUAAUGAGUCACCAAGGCCCCACCUGCCCUGUCCCGGCACCCGCCGCCGUGCCUGGGCUCCGCCGGGCGGCUGCGGCCACUCCGAGGGGCACCGCUGCCCACCGGGCCCGGGAAAGCCCCGGGCUGCGGCCGCGGCCGAGCACCCGCUUCUGGAGAUUUGCAUGCCGUGAUUAAGGCAGUGAAGCAAUCGCGCUGUUGCCUCAUCGGUGAGAAUCCCCGAGGCCCGUGCGCUAUAAAUGCCACCCGAUCAAUGAGCAGAGCCGGGCAGGAGCGAGAGGAGCCGGGCCGGGCUGGGCAGGGCCGCGCUGCGCAGAGGAGGAGACACCGAGCCGGGCACCCACCAUGUGCUUCCUCAGCCGUGGGCUGGCACUGCUGCUGGCUGUGCUGCUGUGGGCACCGUGGAGGGUUCUGCAUGGGGCACCACUGACCGAGCUCUCAGGGGACCAGGACUUCCAGCUCUUCCUGCAGAGGAACCUCGAGUUCACCCGCAAGAUCCGCGGGGACGUGGCUGCGCUGCAGCGCGUGGUGUGUGACACCCUCCAGCUGUGCAAGGAGGACGAGCUGCAGCUGCUGCGGCAGGACCUGGACAUCGCACAGGCGCCGCUGGAGCAGUGUCACCGCCGCUCCUUCCAGGCAGAGACCUGCUUCAGCCAGAUCCGAGCCGGGCUCCGCGUCUACCACGGCUCCCUGGCCACCAUCCGAGCCCUGCUGCCCGGGCACGCGGGGCUGGUGGAGACCCUGCAGCUGGACAUGGCCAACCUGUCCUCCAACAUCCAGCAGCAGAUGGAGGACCUGGGCCUGGCCACGGUGACGUACCCCACAGAGAACCAGGACCCCGUCCCCACCUUCUCCUCCCACUUCCACCACCAAGUUGGCGGCUUCUUCAUCCUGGCCAACUUCCAGCGGUUCCUGGAGACGGCGUACCGGGCACUGCGGCACCUCACCAGCCUCUGACCCCUGCUUGUGGAUGUCCCACCCGAGGGGCAUCCCGGGAGCACCCCGUUUCCUGCUUAUUUAAUAUUUAUGGCUAUUUAAUAUUUAUCUGUCUGGGGAUGCUCCCCCGGCCGCGGCCCCAGGCAGGCGCCAGGGGAUCCCGCGGAGGAUCCGUGCACAGGUACCUGUGCAGCAUCACCCUUGUUUAAUAUUUAAACACAAGCGUAUCUCUGCUACGAGGUUCUGGAGCUGGGCUGAGCCCCCACAGCUGCUGCUGGCACUGCCUGUGCCUCAGUUUCCCCACGGCUCACACUGCUGGGGCUGCUGUAUCAUCCCACGGGAAAACACCUUCAUCCCAGGAUGAGGAUGCUCCAGAGCAGCAUCUCCCUGUCUGGGCUGCAGCCUGCAGGGACACAUCUGAUGGGUGUUAUUUCUACUAAUUAAUAUUUAUUAGCUGUUAAGGAGGGAAGAUGGAAGAACCAUAGGGAUACAGCAGCCUCAUGAGGAUUUUUCGGGGAGCCUCAGCACUUUGGGGAGCUGCAUCUCUGCUCUGUCCCCCUUCCCUGCUAAAAUCAGAGUACUUAUUGCAGUUUAACUUAUUUGUGCCUGUCCAUGGCCGGAAAGAGCCACUUGGACACAUUCCCAUCCUCCUGAGCCUGACGCAGCCCCAGUCCCGUGGUUGUGUGGGAGCUCUGGGCGUGGGGGGUUUUGUACUGUAUUUAUUGCUGCAGCUGGGUGAGCCCCAAGAAACACCCGCUUUUUUUUUCUAUGUGAUAAAAAUGGAAAUAAACUCUAUUUUUGCACUCUCUCUC